AUGUACGUGAGUUACCUGUUGGAUAAGGACAGCAUGUACCCCAACACGGUGAGACACCCCAGCCUCAACCUGAACCCCCAAAACUUUGUACCCACGCCCCCCCAGUACUCGGAUUUUACAGGAUACCAUCACCACCACCAUCACCACCACCACGUUCCAGGCUUUAAUGAACCCAAUCAGACAGGUUCAGCCUACCCACCUCCUGCUCCUCAGGUACCCGCGCCUCCUCGGGAAGACUGGAGCCCUUACGGACCCCCGGCGGGCCCCGGGGCCUCCUCCACCCCGGGACAGAUCGGCUUCGACUUCACUCCGUCCAACCUGCAGCCCCCAGCUCUUCUUCAUCCCUCCAUCAGCUCGUCUUCAUCUGUAGCUCCGCUCUCGCCCGGCGACCAGCGCCGGAACCCGUACGAGUGGAUGCGCCGCAACACCAUACCCCCCGGCAACUCAGGAGGGAAGACCAGGACGAAGGAUAAGUACCGCGUGGUGUACACUGAUCACCAGCGCCUGGAGCUGGAGAAGGAGUUCCACUACAGCCGCUACAUCACCAUCAGGAGGAAGGCGGAGCUCGCCACCGCCCUCAGCCUAUCAGAGCGGCAGGUGAAGAUCUGGUUCCAGAACCGACGAGCCAAAGAGAGAAAAAUAAACAAAAAGAAAAUGCAGCAGCCGCAGGCGUCCACCACCACGCCCACCCCGCCCGGCGCCAACAUCAGCAGCAGCAGCGGCGGCGGCGGCGGUCUGGUGUCGUCCUCCGUAUCCAUGACCAUCAAAGAGGAGUACUGAGCAAACGUGGAAUAUCAUCAUCACCCACACGUCAAGGGUCACGGCGGGCGUGAUUCCACCGAGGGACGUUUAUUCAUGAAACUAUUAUGGGAUGGAGCGGGUGAGCGUGGGCGUGUCCGGUGUGUUCUGUUAUUAUUCUGUUAUUUAAUCUGUGUAAAUAUUUAUAAUUCAUCUGAUUAUUGUACAUUUAAACAGAAUUUGUAUUAAAAGCUUUGAAGUUUCUCUA